AUGGAUGUCGACGAAGAUGAUGACUUUUAUGCGCCCGAGGAAGGCACGGAGGAGACUACAGAUAAACCCGAAAAGACAGAGGCAGCCCCUCCUACGGCCGCCAAGCCAGAACAGGAAGAUGAAGACCUAGAAGAGGGAGAGGAGGAAGACGAAGCAGAGUCAGAGGACAGUGAUUCGGACAUAGAUAUCAUCACCGAGCGGAAAGAUGGGACCAAGCCUGCCCCUCCGUCUCAACCAAAAUACAACGAGAUCCGGAACAUUCCGCAAAGAACGACUGCAAAUGAAGUUGUUGUGAAAGCACCUGUCGUCAAGAAGGAAGCAACAAAGGGUGCGCCCCACGUUUCUGGGGCUGAUUUACCAGGAAUAUCAACGUCCAAGAUUGAUGUCGAUGCGAAGCCAAUAUACGAGCCUGCGGGAAAGCCGAUCACUCAGGUCAACAUAGAUGAAGACUUGAGCGAGAACGACAAACCAUGGCGCAGACCCGGCACGGAUAUCAGCGACUAUUUCAACUACGGCUUUGACGAAUUCACAUGGGCGCUUUACGCGAGCAAGCAGGACUCAAUCAGAGCGGAGUUUAGCCCUGAGAAGGUGGCUGCGAACCAGAAAAAGAUGUUGGAUGAUAUGAAUAUGAUGAUGUCCAUGGGAGCUAUGCCCGGAAUGAUCCCAGGAGCUGCUGGAGGAGCUAUGCCAGGUAUGGAGGGAAUGACACCCGAGAUGCUUCAACAGAUGCAGCAAAUGAUGGCCUCCGGUAUGGACCCAAGUCAGAUGGACCCCACAAUGUUCGGCCAAGGACGUGCUGUAGCAGGUGCACAAGGUGGACAAGGCUUUGGAGGUCAAGGGUUUGGCCAGGGCCAGAAUCAAUAUGGUUACGAUCAAGGAAUGGCCGGUUCUGGCGACAACAGAAAUCGUGGAGGGAACUUUGGCAGAGGACGUGGUGGUAGGAGAGGUGGUGGAUGGUAG